AUGUCUCGGGGAUUGAAUUCACUACAUACUAACCUGUAUUUCUGUGGAUUUGGAAUGCCAAAAUGGAGCCCAAAAAUAAAUCAUCUCUCAUACGUUGAUGAUACAAUCAUUUUCUCCUCAUCUGAUGAAAAUUCACUGAGACUUGUCAUGGAGGUUUUGCAAGCAUAUGAAUCAUCGUCUAGUCAACUAGUGAACAAAGCCAAAUCUGCCAUAUACCUGCAUCAUUUAACGGAUAAUGAAGUGAUUAACAAGGUUGAAAGGAUUACAAGUAUAGGAAGACAAUGUUUCCCUAUGACCUAUCUUGGCUGCCCUAUUUUUUAUGCAAGAAGAAGGAGUGACUAUUACAAGAGAUUAAUCACUAAGGUCAUGGACAAAUUGCAGUCGUGGAAAGGCAAACUCCUAUCUGUAGGAGGCAGAGUUGUAUUAAUCGCAAAUGUCAUGCAGAGUAUCCCAAUUCAUAUGAUGUCAGUAGUUAAUCCACCAAUUUAUGUGAUCAAUAAAUUACAGAGCAUUUUUGCCAAAUUCUUCUGGAGCAGCAAUGUGGGAGGCAACUCUAGACAUUGGUCAUCGUGGACUAACCUUUGUAUGCCUUAUGAAGAGGGAGACAUAGGCUUCAGGUCCCUACACGAUGUAUCCAAGGCACUAUUCUGUAAAUUGUGGUGGAAUUUCAGGAGAAAGCCCAGUUUAUGGAGUGCAUUUAUUAGUCAAAAGUACUGCAAGAAACUAAAUUCAGUAAUUGUACCUUGGAAGCGUGGAUCCCACGUGUGGAGAAAAAUGCUAGAAUGUAGGGACUUGAUUGAGCAUCAAAUCUAUUGGAAACCAAGAAUGGGAUCAGCUCAAUUCUGGUUCGAUAAUUGGACUGAGCUGGGAGCCUUAUAUUUCCAAGUGCCUGCAGAGUUUGGUAUCGAUGAGGAUAUUCAAAAUGUCAAUGAUCUGGUUGAAAAUGGAUUACCUGCGAAGAAGAGACAACCUAAGAUUAGGUUACAGGAUGAUAUGGGUCAAUGGCUUACCUUUCAAGAUAUCCUUCUUCCUGAGGAAGGAAUUGCAUUAGAAGGGUUAUCAUUACAACAAGCAAUUACAAAGUGUUGGACAUCACCAGUUGUUCCCAAAUUGAAUCCAGUCUUACAAGCUUUACCUACAUGCAUUGCAUGGGAACUUUGGAAGAGAAGAAACAGUUUCAAAUAUAGAGAAGAAGUGUCAGUGAGCAGAGUUAUUUACCGGAUGUCAUCUACUAUGAAAGCUCUAGUCCAACUAAAAAAGCAUGGACUGCAUGUGCCUAAAAAGUGGCUAGACUUACUGACAAUGAUGGAGCAAUACGCACCUCGAUUGAAAUAUGAAAAGGUGUUAUGGGAAUUUCCUCCAAGAGGGUGGAUCAAAGUAAAUACGGAUGGAGCAUGUAGAGGGAACCCAGGGAAGAGUUUAAUUGGUUUAUGCAUAAGGGAUGAGGUAGGUGAUUUGAUAUAUGCAGAAGGAAGGGAGAUUUCUGAAGGAACCAAUAAUGAAUCAGAAGCAGUAGCUAUUGUGGAGGCAUUGAAGAAGUGCAAAAAUCUUAAUUAUUUUCAUAUAUGGUUGCAGAUAGAUUCCUUGCUAUUAAAGAACAUUAUAGAGGAAUGA